AUGUCACUUGGAUACGAUUUCUAUUGUCUCCUGAAAAUACCAUCUUUCUGCUGGAAAAUCGUGGCCGACAUUUCAAAGGUCAGAGACUCACCUGUUUUCUCUCAGGCAACAUCUCUCCCUGGUGUACAUAUGCAAAAAGAUACGCAUCAUUGCUUUCCCCAACAACCCCACCCCUCGAGAACAAAGGACCCUGUUAGUCUUCUGCCCUUCGAUGAUGCCUCAACUUCCAACGACGAUCUCCUCUGCCUCCGGCAUCCUCAAGUUCAAACUCCAGGAAUGCCGCAUGAAGUUAGAUUAUCUCAAAUACUACCAGGAAGCCAGCAGAAUGCGGUUGAGCCGGACCUUGGAGGAGACGAGCUCGCCGCAAGGCUUCAUCACGUUUUAGAUUUUGGACGAGAAUGCAACUACAACAACAAUAAGGAUGAUCAGCAGCAUGUAAUUGCGUUGCUGGAGAGGGUGUACGCGGCAGUGAUGUAUUCAAAGUCUAACGUCCGAGGAGAUAGCAGGUCCACAAGCAGAACCCAGGCAGGUGAAAUUUCGGCGAGAUGUUCUGGCAUUCCACGCUGCAUCGAGAUUAGAAGGCAGAGAGAGCCAGAUGUUCUUGAAUAA